AUGCCGAUUGCCAGUGAGAGCAGUAGUACCACCACCACCACCAUGACCACUUUCUCCGCCCCUGUCCCUGCUACCAAAUCGCUGCCCACAAACCAGUCAGCGUUAGCGGCCUCCUUCACCAAUUUCCUCACCGUCUCCGUCCAUCAAAUCCUAUUUCUGCGCUCCGUCUAUCCGCGCGCAACCUUCCUCCCCGUGCGGGCAUACAACUAUCCCGUCCGACAAUCCCGUCACCCAAAAGUCUGCGACUACAUCAAUGAUGCUUCAAUUGCAGUCGGAACGGAGAUUCUCAAAGGCACAAUCACCGCAGUCAGUAUCAUCAUUUCAUCUCUUCGCACAAAUCAGCCCCUCGAACGAUAUGCUUUUGAUCUAUCGGGCUUCCCGCGUGCCCCUGCGGGGGAGGUGAAUACUACAUUUGAAGACAGAAAUGAAGAUUCAUCUAAUCCAGGUGCCCCUGUCUCAGACCGGGGCCCCGCACCAACAUCGGUUGACCUCGAGGCACAAUUCCGGGCAUGUCUAGCGAGACUCGCCUCAGCAUGCGCCCGGUUGACCCCACUUCCCCGCGAUGACGAGUUCAGUUUCACCGUCUGCAUUGAAGUGCGGGAAGAUGCUUUACCACCGGCGGGGACCACCAAGGAAGAACAAACUUGGAUUGUGGCAGAACCGGGCAAAGUGCACCUACGAUCGUGCACAGCACCAUUUUCCGUCUCUAAAGUGCGGAAUGGCGAGCCCCAGCAAGCGCCCCCCAAGGUCUCGAAUGGCCGUGCCAAAACAGUACCUGUACGACGUGUCGAAGCUGGCGAGCUUCGGUUAGAGUUGUGGGUAGAAGAGGCACGACAGAAAUUUAACGAACCGGUGGACUCAGAGCAGCCAUCAUGA